AUGAGCGAUAUCUCGAUUUCUGUGGAUCCUGAUUACUAUGAUCUGUUCGGUGCCGACUCCGAUGUUUCCUCUGGUACAACCUCGCUAGCCUCUUCAAUUUAUCGAGGAGUUUUUGAAAAUGGAAGACGGUGUCCCUGCGACGAGCAACAGUUUGAGAGUCUACUAGCAAGCCACCUGCUCUGCGUGGUGCUCGACUCAAAUGAAGAGAAUCCACUCUUCCACGCUCCUGUGCGAGAGCCAAAGGAAAUCCUCGACAUCGGUACAGGCCGAGGCAGCUGGGCUGUUGAUGUAGCAGACAUGUUUCCAGAGAGUAAGUUGACCCCCGUGCUAUCUGCAACAAUUACUGACAAGUCAGCUACCGUCCGAGGAGUAGAUCUCUUCCCCCCGCCAAUCGACUGGCUGCCUCCAAACUGCAUAAUGGAAGUAGACGACGUCCUUAGAGAAUGGACCUGGAAAACCUCAUUUGACCUUAUCCAUCUCCGGCAGAUGGUGGGCGCGUUCAAGCCCAAAGAAUGGGAUGGCGUCUUCGACCAAUGCUACAGAAACCUCAAACCAGGUGGCUGGAUUGAACAAUUGGAAGUUGAUCCUCAUAUCAUCUGCACGGAUGGCAGCUUGCCUGAAGAUUCAUAUGCCGUUCAGUUUGCAGAGGCAAUCAUCAAUGCCGCAACACAGGCCAAUCAGCCAAUUGAUACUGUGGCGACCAUGCGCGGUCGCAUGGUCAAGGCCGGAUUCAUCGACAUUCACGAAAAAAAGUACAACUGGCCAAUGGGUCCUUGGCCACGGGAUCCUUUGCUCAAGGAAGCCGGACGCCUGCAUUAUCAUCAGUGGAUGCAUGGAAUGGAGGGGUGGGCUAUGUAUUAUCUGACAAAGUGGGGGACGCCGAGUCCUUGGUCUACCGAUGAGGUCCAGGUGCUUGUUGCUAAGGCCAGAAAGGAACUCAAAGAGGGGCGUGCUCAUAUGUGGCAGUAUGCUAAAAGGGUUUGGGCCCGCAAACCGACUGAGGAAGAGAUCCGAGCUGCUGGGUCACCACUGGGUGUUCCAAUUAAGGAUGAAUUUAGCCCUUGA